GUAUAAAACAAGCGAGCAUCGGUUAUUUACUAUAGUUGUUGACAAAUCAGUGCGAAGUUGGUAUUGUGUCAUAAUGAUUACGCUCUACUUUGUGUUAUUUGUGGCUGCGAUAGCUGGUGCGACUGCGCAUCCUAUUGAGGAAAGUAAAGUGAAGCGACAAGUGCUUGGCGGUGAAUCGUUGCAAGACCCAAAUGACCCGAUAUACAAGAAAUUGGCGCAAGAAUCGUUUGAAAAGUACCGCACAACUAACCCUGGCGAGCAAAUAACUCCUAAAAAACUCAAGGUAACCAGAGUAACUACACAGGUAGUUGCUGGUACUAUGACUCGUCUUGACUUCACUGUAACCCCUGCCAAUGACGAGGAUAUUACAUGCCAUUCUGAGAUUUGGGAACAGCCGUGGCUUAAAAAGAAGGAAAUUAACGUAGACUGUAGUUUAAACAAAUCGCAAAGUAAAGUGAAGAGACAAAUUACGGGCGGACUAAUGGAGCAAGAUCCAAAUAACGAAGAGUACAAAAAAUUGGCACAAGAAUCGCUUGAGAAGUUUAGCGAGACCAAUCCUGGCGGACCAAUUAAAGCUAAGCAAAUCAAAGUAACAAAAGUAACAUCCCAGGUUGUAUCCGGUUUUAUGAUUCGUCUUACAUUCACCGUGGUGCCUGCCAAUGGUGAAGAGUUUACAUGCCAUUCUAAUGUUUGGGAGCGGGCCGAGACGAAGGACAUUGAUGUAACUUGUGAUUUGAAACGCUGUUCACAAAGAAGCGACGCGACGCGAGGUGUGGCGUUCAAAGGGUUAACUCGGAUAAACGGACGGGACCGUACAAAACAGCCGACUACCAUCAAUAUCUUUCAUUGCCGAUUGAAAGUCGUCCGAAACAGUAAAAUAAUGUCCCCGCUAUAUUAUGUGCUAUUUGCAACUUUUCUGGCAAAAGUUGCCCUUUCUUCGGAACUAAGUAGAGUGAAGCGACAAGUGCCUGGCGGGUUAACAUUGCAAGAUCCUACUGACCCAACUUACAAACAACUGGCGCAAGAAUCUUUCGAAAAGUACUGCACAACUAACCCAGGCGGCCAAGUAGACGUUGAGGACCUUAACGUAACCAGAGUGACCAGACAAGUUGUUGCUGGUUACAAGACAGUUAUUGAUUUCACUGUAACCCCUACCAAUGGUGAAGUUAUUACGUGUCAUUCUGAGAUUUUCGAACAGGCGUGGCUAAAAAAGAAAGAUAUUAAGGUAGAGUGUGUAAAUAAACAAAUGCCUGCGACGCUGCGACGGAUUUACUGGCCACGAACCAUCUCAAACGUCAGACUAUGGCAGAUGACUGAGCAGAAACCCAUAGGACAGGAAAUUCUUGAAAGGAAAUGGCGUUGGAUCGGACACCAAAGCAAAAUGAAUCUACCAGGGGGUCAAGCAGAAAAAGACCCAUGUGACCCAAAGUACAUGCAGUUGGCACAAGAGUCUUUUACUAAAUAUUGUGAGACAAACCCAGGCGGACCAAUUGAUGUUAAAGAAAUCAAAGUCACCAAAGUAACACAACAGGUAGUUGCUGGUUCCAUGACACGGAUAACAUUCACAGUGGAACCCACCGACGGUGAAAUAUUUACAUGCUAUGCGAAAAUUUGGGAGCAGCCGUGGCUUAAUAAGAAGGAAAUUGAAGUAAAAUGUGAACCGGACGACUAUUGUUACCACUGGGGACAAAAACAGUUCAUAGACAUUUUCGUAAUGACACCUAUGUACCUUGUGCUAGUUAUAAUUGUGCUGGCGAGCGUUGAUGCCAAUCUUUUUGAGGCGUCGAGCGCGAUAAAACAGAAAAGUAGAGUAAAGCGUCAAAAACUUGGCGCUCCAGAGAUACAAGACCCCACAGACCCGAAAUACCACAAAUUGGCCCAAGAAUCUUUUGAGAAGUACCGUGAGACUCACUCUGCCGGUCAAAUCAUUGUUAAGGAUAUCAUAGUUACAAAAGCAACUAGACAGUUGGUGGCUGGAGAUAUGUAUCGUCUUUCAUUCACCGUGUUCCCUAACUAUGGUGAUGAAAUUAACUGCUAUUCUGAAGUUUAUGAAAAAUUAGAUCAUCAAAAGGAAUUUACUGUAAAUUGUGAUAAUGUUAAAAAGCAGAGUAGAAUGAAACGAGAUAAUCUGCGACGUAAAAACCCUUGGGCCGUCUACCCUUGGAAGACUGGCCACUUUGUGAACCCAAAUAGCACUGCCAAUAAAAAGUUAGCGGAGGAAUCGUUUGCGAAGUACCUUACAAUUCACCCUGAGAGUCAAAGUCUUGCUACAGAAAUGAAUCGAAUCAUUGUAACCAAAGUACAUUAUCUGCCUGCCGAGAAUAAGGAUACUAUUGAUUUCGUUGUAUUUUUUAACACUGCGUAUCCAAAAUCCUGCCAUUCUGAGGUUCGUCAACAUUAUUGGGAUUUAACAAAAGAUAUAACUUUAAAUUGUAGUAAUUUACUGACAAUUGUAUAUCCUCCAGAAUAAUUA